UCUUCGCUUUCUCAAUCGUGUAUAAUGUUUAUCGUGUUACGAUCUAUGACAGUGCAACUUCUUUCUGUGUAAAUGUACAAAUAUGUUUGUAUUGAAUUUCAAACUUGGGCAAGUGUAACUGUCGUAUUUGAACAAAGAGUCAAGGUGAUACUUUUGCUCUUGCCAAUCACUGUUUACAUUGAUUUUGAAGAUCUGUUAAUCAUAUUGAACAAAGUGUCAAAAGUUGUGUUGUAUUCCAAUGGUUUCUUUUCCCUUUUCGUCUCUGAUGGAAUGUAAAAUUCAAUUUAAUGAUAAUGUCAGUUCCAACAAUGAAUCAAAAAAUGGAAAAGAUCCUCCUCAGUCAAAUCAUGAAGAAACAACACAAACAUCUACAUUAUCUGGAUUAUCAGACCUGCAAAUGCAAAGUACAGAUGUUGGGGAAAUAACUGAAAUGCCAGAUUUUGAGAUGCUUAGUACAUCAGCAGUACUUCAUUACUGCAAACAUAAAAUAUUAAGGCCGUAUCUGAGAUUAUUAGGAGUAAUGGGUUUGAGACCUAUGAGCACCGAUGAUUCUGAUCGUCAUCCUUGUUAUUGUAUUCUCAUCAAUUUUCAUACAUUUCAAGUUACAAUAUUUAUGUGUAUUGGGUAUAUUUUACAAUACAUGGCAUGCUUCAGAAGGGACAGGGGAUUUUGCUAUAAGAUAACACCAUUGGAAUUUCAAAUUAUGCCAAAUAUAAGUGAGAAUCACAUGCAUGAAAUGACAUGCUUUGGAAAUAUUGUAUUUAGCUACUUCGUGCCUAGUGUAUUGCAUUUAGUAGCAUAUUUAUACACUGUGUAUUUGUUCCGUAUUAAAGAAAAUGAGCAGUUACAAAAUUUAAUGGAGAGAGCAUUUCUUCUCUCAUCCAAUCCUGUAAAUCGUGGAAAUCAAAGAAAACUUGUACAAAUACUAUGGUUAUUCAUAGCAUUGAGUGUUGUAUGGAUAAUUAUGGCAUUAGUUACAGUAAAUAUUUUAAUGGCUCGAGGCAACAUCAUGUUUCAAUGGUUAGAACACAGUCCAUAUCACAUAAAAAUAACAUUGAAAGUGUUUUUAAUCAUAUGCACAUUAUGGCACGAUAUGGUUCAAGGAACAAUUAUAACCAGUUACUGCUUGCAAGGUCAACUUUUAUUGGCACAUCUGUGCUUUCUUCGUGGGAAAUUACUACAUCAUACUUUACCUGUCAUCGACUGGAUGAGGGAAAUUUGUGAAUUCAAAAAACUAUUGAAAUAUUUUAAUGAUGAACUGGGUCCGGCCGUAUGCAUCUAUACAAUUAUAAAUUUGUCAUGGGCUAUCACUGGAACGCUUUGGUUGCUUCAAUACGAUAAUAGCGACGGACUAAGUAAUCAUGUCACUUGGGUCGAAAUAGUAAACGUCAUUUUGUGGAUUUUAAUAUCGGUAGCCCCGUUUAUUCAGGCAGCACGUUUGACUACUGCUUGUUCCAUGAUUCAAAGUAUCGGACACGAAGUGCGCAUCCGACCAUUUGUUUAUCAAUGCACGCCGGGCGAGGAUCUUGAUACUAUACUUCUGUACACAUCGUCACUGAAAAUGUGCGCCAGACUAUUUAGAGUACCGAUUACGGGAAGAUAUCUUUGUCUACUACUUACUAUCAGCAGCAUCUUGAUCCUCACGUUAGGACAAUGUCACUUUCUGUGAUUUUUGUAUUACGUUAAAUUCAGUUACACAAAACUGUCUCUGUUGUGUACCCUUCAUUUUACAUGUGUAAUUAGUCGACUUUUAUUGUAUAAUAAUAUUUACGUUCUAUUUCAUUCUCGGUUCACCCACAACUUAUUCAAGUUGUCUGUUAUUCGAGAAAAAUAUAUAGCAAUGAAUCUAGUGCUAUAUGUACUUAUAUACAUCAAGUUUUCACGAAACUGUAAUUGUAAGGAAGUAACCUUAUAAUAAAUGGAUAUUAUUUAUUGUUCUUGUUGUUGCAUUUAUUUUAUAAAACUACACCAAAUCCUUUCUGAUUUUGAAGAAAUCUAUUAAACAAAUAAAUGAUGCGCAUUAAUUAUCCUUUGUUUGUUCCUUAGUUUGUUCUUUAUUCAACGAUAGUAAAACUUUAAAAAUUAUAAAUCUUAUAUCCCUAUAUCUGAAUGUGUAUCAUUCUAUAAUACUAUUUGCAAUAAUGUUACUAAAAGCUGCUUAGAUUAUUCGUAUUCACGCAUAGUUGGUAGUUAAUUAAAUUUGUAAUUUUCGGUAACAAUUCCUUUGAAAGGACUGGAAUUAAAAUAUUUUACAAAGUAAAUAUAACCGUACAAAAGAAAAACAUGUAAUACUUAUUAAAAUUUUUUUAAUAAGGAUCUAAUUUGUUCUGGAAAUAAAUUGAUGAGCGGGUAAAAAAUAUUGUUAUUUUUGAAAAUGUAGAUAUUUGUUUUUCACAAAGUUUUGUUUUAACAACAAAAAGGCAUAAUACAUAGUAAAGCUUUAUGUAUUCAUGACUUCCGAAAUUAGCGUAUGUAUGAGUGCAUGUGUAUGUCAUUAAUGCACUAUUAUUUUAAUUCUCAACAGAUAUUUUGAGUAAUCAGCAAUUAUACAAUUAUUUAUGAAUCUAGAUAUGUCAGAUAUAUGUAUGCAAUAUGUAUAUUGUUAAUUUUGCACUCGAUACGUGUAGCUGAAUACGAUAACUGUCAUAAGUUAUUAUUCCUGUUUCCGUAUCUUAUAAAAAACCUUCGGGACAAGAGAUUUUGGUGAUACUCGCAGAGAUAAUAUUAUAUAAAAUUAUGGAUUUACUGGGAUCUAUUUUGAAUUCAAUGGACAAACCUCCAACGAUCAGUGAUAAGCAAAAGGCAGCAAUAAAAA